AUGAUAUCGGCAGAGUGGGAGUCGGAGGGGCUACAGACGGUGGGGAUUGUAAUGAUUAUCUGCGCUUCUCUAAAGCUUCUACAUUUGUUGGGGCUCAUUGACUUCUCAGAAGACAGUGUUGAAGAUGAAUUGGAAAUGGCCACAGUUCGGCAUCGCCCUGAGGCUCUCGAGUUGCUUGAGGCACAGACAAAGUUUACAAAGAAGGAGCUGCAGAUUCUCUACAGAGGAUUCAAGAACGAAUGUCCCAGUGGGAUUGUCAAUGAAGAGACUUUUAAAGAUAUUUAUGCUCAGUUUUUCCCACAGGGAGAUGCUUCAAAUUACGCACACUUUCUGUUUAACGCUUUCGACACAGACCACGAUGGAUCUGUGAGCUUCGAGGAUUUUGUAACGGGGCUUUCUACACUGCUGAGAGGGACAAUUCAAGAAAAACUCAACUGGGCAUUUAAUUUAUAUGAUAUUAAUAAAGAUGGCUAUAUCACUAAAGAGGAGAUGCUUGACAUCAUGAAGGCCAUCUAUGAUAUGAUGGGUAAAUGCACAUACCCUGUUGUUAGGGAAGAUACACCAAAACAACAUGUUGAGAAUUUCUUCCAGAAAAUGGACAUUAAUAAAGAUGGAGUUGUGACUAUAGAGGAAUUCAUAGAAAGCUGCCAAAAAGAUGAGAACAUCAUGUGCUCCAUGCAGCUGUUUGAGAAUGUGAUUUAGCUCAUGUUCGUGGACUGUGAAGAACGGACAUUUUCUCUAGUUUUGACAAUAAUUUGGAG